UGAGGUGGGAAUGUUACGGCACAGUGUGUUCGGCGUGAUGUGUUUCCCGCAGACCUGACACACCUCUACUGCUCUGCUUCGUAUAAGGGAUUGUCGAGUGAAAUAGUGCGGUUCGGGUGCCCUGAUUACCUUCUGAGCUGGACGGUCGCAGGUGUGACGUCAGCAUUCACGCGCGCGUGGGUGCUUUGUAUGUGUCAGUGUAGAGAAAAAGUAAAAUGAUGUGAAGAGAAGUUUCAAAUGCAGCACAUGCUUGCCUUGCCAGCUAUUCAUACCGUACAAAUCUGAAUACAUAAUCACGAUGAAAAUAACCGAAAGCCGAUCGCAAAGCAAGGAUCUCGCGAGAAGAUUAGACUAGCAUGUCGUCGUGAAAUCGGUUAAAGCCUUGUUCAAAUCGAAACUGAUAAAGAAGAGUUGCUGAGUGCUUUAUUCAUCACAUUCAACGUUCUUGUACGUUCAUUAACGCAAGCAAGCAGGAAAACAACAAACCUAUUUGUCAAAGCAUCAUGUGUCGCCAAGAACAAGUUAAGCGAUAACAUCCCCGUCAACCAGAGCAUAGUGAAUGCAUCAUCAUAUACGAUACCGAAGAACGGUAUGGAAAAGGAAUGUGCGAAAAAAGAUUCUAUCGUGUCCAUUACCGCUAGUGGGCAUAUCGCAAGCUUUCCAAUCGUUUCCGCCACUGUUCGACGACCUACCGCUGGAAGUGGAACUACAAAUAACUCCGGCCGUUACGGACAUCGCAAAUCAUCUUUAGCCCUCACGCCAGAGGAAGAACCAUUGGACCAAUACCCGCGCCUGGUGUCGGAUCUCAAAUUUCCCAACCUUCUUCCACCAAACCCUUUGAUUAAGAUUUUAAUCGCCUUUUGCAAAAAUGAUCCUGUGUUUGACGCUUUGGUAAACGCGAGUCAUCGUCUUAGCUUCGAGCCCACCUUCGUCAAGUCCGCUGAAGCAGCUAUCGACGCCUUCCAUAAUCCGGUGGCUGGCGAUCAUCACAUCAUAAUCGUCGAUGCACGCUACCCCCGAAUGAUAGAGGCAGAAGCACUCGGCAGGUCUAUUCGAAAUUCGAAGGGCUGCCAACACACGACGAUGGUUGCGGUAGUGAAGAAGAGUGUAUUUGAAAAGGAUGACACGGCUGUGAUUUCUCUUCUGGAUGCUGGAUUUAAUAGGUGCAUUAUCGAGUCGCCACAUGUAUCGAUUUGUUCAUCAGAGCUACGGCAAAUCCAACACUCGCUCGUUCGACCACAAAAUGUGAUAUCGACGCAACAGGCACUAUACACGGCCCUUCAUCGAUCUAGAGAAGCGAUUAUCAUUACGGACGAUACCCUUCGAGCACAGUAUGCGAACCGAGCCAGCGAACGUUUACUGAAUAUGAAAUUGGAUGAAAUUGUUGGUAGAUCACUUAGCGAUUUGGUAACGGCUGAUAUAAGCAAUAUUCUAUCUCACACCAGUAGAUAUAAGGACUAUGACGGUUACCUCACAACUCGGAGAAAGUCUCAAGAAUCAACACAAAUUCACGUCCGUGCCGUACCUGUCUCAUGCAUCGGAAGGAAUCCUACACAUUUAGUCCUAAUCUUGGAGUCGGCAUCUAAUGCGUUGGCCCCGCUCAGUACCACUAGUGAACCCUUGCAUACUUUGCCGCAGGGCAAAGAAGUUGCCCGUGGCUCCCUGCAUUCCAUCCGGCGACCCAGCUUCGACGUGCGAUCGAUCGCCUCGGAUGGGCUGCGAAGGACUAGUCUGGUGAAGUUGUCCUCGUUGCCGCUCGAGGCGCCAAUCACUAAAGUACUGAGCCUGCUGGCACAGGUUCAGGAAAACUGUUCCCUCGAUGAAGCCAAACUGCUGGACCGCGUGAUGGAGUUCCUGAAGCGAGAGGGACUCUACAGUCCACAAAUGAAAGAGAUUCGUCCGGAGGAUCCGGUCGCAACUGAUCUGAUUGGGGCCCUGUUAACACAUGGUCCUACAAACAUUCUGUCGUCCCGGCGUAGCUCGAACGAUUCCAUCAUACGUGGAGGAGGUCGGCCAUCUACAGGAAGCAUCGUUUUUCACAAAACCAAAGAAUCUUCACUACUAUCCGACCUACUACAUACGGCAUUGGAUUGGGACUUUGAAAUAUUUAAAUUAGAGGAAUUAACCGACAAACGUCCAUUAGUGUGUUUAGGAUUAGAACUAUUACGGCGGUUCGAUGUAUAUAAUACGUUCAACUGUGACGAAAUGACCUUCAAACUAUGGCUCAUUGAGAUGGAGAAGAGCUACCACAGCGAGAACACAUAUCACAAUAGCACCCAUGCCGCUGACGUAAUGCAGGCAACGGCGGUAUAUCUGCAGCAAUUGAGCAACCGCGAGCUGAAGAUUAUGGACCGCAUGGAUGAGGCGACGGCCUUAAUUGCGGCCGCAACCCAUGACAUUGACCACCCGGGCCGCUCGUCCGCUUUUCUGUGCAACUCGGAUAGCAUGUUGGCGUUACUUUAUAAUGAUAUAUGCGUGUUAGAGUCGCACCAUGCAGCCACGACGUUCCGCCUUACACUCGGUGACGAUAAGAUCAACAUUUUUAAGAACCUUGAUCGAGAUAUGUACAAACUUGCCCGUUCAAUCAUCGUCGAUAUGAUCUUGGCAACGGAAAUGACGCGACACUUCGAGCAUUUGGCAAAGUUCGUAAACGUGUUCGGCACGGACGUAGAAUCGAAGGAUCCACUACCGCCAGACAAUGAUGACAACCAGAUCCUUGUUCGUCGUAUGCUCAUUAAAUGUGCGGACGUCAGCAAUCCCACCCGCCCGCUUAAAUUCUGUGUGGAGUGGGCGCGCCGAAUCGCCGAAGAAUACUUUAUGCAGACGGACGAAGAGAAGCACAAAAACUUGCCGAUCGUGAUGCCGAUGUUUGAUCGCACGACCUGCAGCAUCUCGAAGAGCCAAAUCGGUUUCAUCGAGUACAUCAUUCAUGAUAUGAUGGAUGCGUGGAAUAGUUUCAUAGAAAUGCCUGAAAUUAUACGUUACAUGGAGUUCAACUAUUCACAAUGGAAACUGUUUGAAGAGCAGGGCAUCAACACGCUUAGCGACAUAAAGCGGAAGCAGUUAUCACUCGCAGAGGAGCCACGCAGUACGAUCUCCCUGGAGGAAAAAUUCUAAAGUAAAUUAUGGCAGAGUACGCAAAAAUCUUGUGUGUGCCAAACUCUAUUUUCAUACUCUGUGAGUUUGGGGUAAUUGAAUUGAAUUAAUUGAAUAAAAAUAGCGCGCUAACCAAACGGAAAUAUAUGCACGAUGGGAAAAAUGUGCUAUGAGUGAAACCAGCGCUCGGCUAGAUCAGGAAACCUUUUGCAUGAAACAUACCAUUCUCACCAACACUCUAGCAGAAUCUGAAUCGCUGGUCGUAUCAUAGAAAUUGCCCAAACAAGUAUGCUUUCAAUUCAAAUCAAAUCAAAGCUGUAUUAAAACAAUGCUCAACAUUUCGGAUAAAAAGGCAUUGCGUUACGUAGGUUGAACGUAAUUUUGUUAGAAUUCGGACACUUUUUGUAUACCUACGGGUACGUUCGUCAAAUUGUGUACAUCACAAUGAACGAUUCGGAAUUCGGAGGUUCGGUACAGAAAUCACCAUCGCAUUAUCUCUUACCGCCAGUUGUUGUAAUCAUUAUAUAUAAUAUUUAAAACAGUAUAAAUCAUUGCAAAAAUAAGACUAACUAGCCGUGCUAGUAAUUUCCCGAUGGCCGGCAACUGUAGAAAACAUUCAGCCGCUCAGAAUGUUCGCCUGUUGAUGGACAAAUGUUUUGCUAAAAUUCAUGGACUUAAAAAACCCCUUCAUAAAAUACAGCACUGAGUGUGACACUGAAAAUAAGACGAGAACGAUGGGGAGAUUCCGAUAUGAUGAUAUUGCAUGUAACUCAUCUUUUUCAUAACAAACGGAAAGCGAAAAGAGCAACUAAUUGAUAUCCUGAUAUCCUCUGCAUUGUAGAGUAUAAUAAAAUUCGCAGACUGAAUAAUUCGAAGAGAGCUUAGAUACAAAUUAUAUUGGAAAACUGUACCACCAAUAGAGUUGAAAAACGAAGAAUAUUCAUAUUGAUGCAUUCAUGAUUCACUCAUGAUUACAAUCGCAGACGUGGCUUUUCCACAAACCUGCCUUAAGAGGUGUGCGCUACAAACCCGAAUGAAGCUGGUAUGAACAAAUGAAUGGAUCUUUUUCUUACGGAAACAUCAGAUAUGCGAUUUAUUGAUGUACCGUUUUAGAUUAAAGAUGGUUAAGAUUGAUGUACCGGUUUAGAUAAACACCUACAAAAAUAUUAAAUACAACUAUUUCUUGAGAUAUGUUUGCUUUAUUAGCGAAUGUUCAAACAUACAUGUAACGAAAACAUACCUUCGAAAAUAGUCCAUACUUAGACACCUCCAUUUGUUCUAACCAUUUCGAAUUCUUUCGCUUCGGCUUAUUUUCGCAGUUAUUUCUCAUUGUAUGUAUGCUCAAGUUAAAGAAAGUUUGGUGUCUCUCGAACCGGCAUUUUACUACCACCGACAUUAAAUGCUUGUAAUGUAUCAUACAAAAACUUUACUUCACGAAUUUAACUUUGCGUAUUAGGACUACCAAAAAUGGUUAGCUAAGCGUUAUUUACGAAUUGUUAAAUGUUGAUCUAAGAUCUUUUUUUAUUCUAUUGUAUUUUCAAUUGCGAAUUUACACUAGUAAGAUCUAGUGUAGAAACAGUUAUUCAACAUAGUUCUAUGUUAUCAUCAUGUAGGAAAAAAUCACAGCGAUCGGAUAGACUCGGAUAGCCUUUUACGAUAAAGAGUACUAUGCGGUAGUAUCGCUUAUCAUUAUCCAGCCAAGCUGUAUGUUGCUGUUGACAGUAAUAAGGAUUGGUGAUAAUGGAGUGUAUUCUUCACGCACACUUUAGGAAGCUUUGUCUUGUGCUCGUGCACGCACGCAUCAUGCCAUGCGAUGACCAAAUGGAGCCGUGCAUUUAAAAUGUGCCUCUUCUUUCACCGUAUCAUUCAUUUUUACAUCUUUUCUAUUCUGUACGAUAGGUAUGUGAGAAAACAUAGGGUACAGAAACCGCUGCCAUUUGCUUUAUAAGGUUUUUAAUUAAAAUUGAAAUGCUGAAAUCGGGCUAGUUGCUUAAACUAUCACUACUACAACUUCCAUUACUACUUCAAAUAUGAGUGCUGUUUUACUAACAAGAGGAACUGGUAUGUUCACUAAUCAUGUAUAAAGUAGCAAAUACGAAUUAUCAACAAUCUUUUUACCUCUCUACGCCCAGUGAAUGGCAAUCUGAUACACUGAAUGCUUUGCGCAUCCCACUAUAGGUAGUUUUCAAACUGCAGAACUGUUUUUCAAAUAGACAUACAGUAUACUUCCUGGUGUUUACAUAGGUUACAUACCUACAUAGGUGCACUGCUCUGUACAUGUGAUUUUCUGAUAUGCUGGACAUAUCAAUUUAAAAAAACGCACCAAGUUUAUUUUAUAAGAACGCGUUUUGGAGGAUAGCUAAAUUUUUUGAUUGCCUAACGCCAGCGAAGGCUCUACACUACAAGAAAAAUAAGCUACAACAUUUAUAUGAACUUUAUUAACAGAAACCAUCAGAACCUUUGCGUCAACAACAGGGUGGAUAUCCUUUAUUUGACCAGAGCAUGCACUAUCCGCAUCUGAUUUUGUGGACUAAUGAAGAAGUCGAAGAAAGAAACCACAUUGAACCUUAAAAGAUCAGAAGACUUUGCGUAAGUUUUAAAUUGAAAUUGGAAAAAUAAAGGACACUAGGAUUGUUGCAAUUAACAAAAAACAUAGUUGCAUAUUUCAUUGUAUAAAAAAUGAUGUACAUCAUUUAAAAACUAAAAAUGCAAUCUAAAUUAUACUUACAGUCUGUGUCACACCGAAGCCUACAGCAUAUAAAACGCAGCACGAAAAAUAUACGUAGGAGGAGUAAACUUAUUGACAAAUGAGACGGUUAUACUAAACGUAGAGAAAAAUAAACUAUGUACUACACAAAUAUACCUAACAAAUCAACACGGUCUUCGAUAAACGUAUAAGUAAAACCAACAGAAUAUAUUCAUAUUCAUCUUUUCAUGCUACUGCAACACUGGUACUGAACUAUACGAAACUGAACAAAUUUGGUGUUAUAGGAAAAUAAAAACAAA